UUUGUGGCCUCCAUCCUGCAGUGUCAUCCGCAUAUAUGACCGUCACGUUCCACAUUCCUCCUCCCCUUUGCAACCUCGCUCUCUUUGUAGGCAACUGACCGCCUUCUAACGCUCCGCCAGGCCCAUCCUGCCCAUCUGCGCUAGCCGGCCACCUUAAGCUGCAAGAACCAACCUAGUCCUAGCGCUAGCUAGGCUUCUCCUAGUUGCAUCUUUAGCUGCCAGUCCGGUCCGAUCUUAGAAUCUACUACACGCAAGGAAUUAAAGCUUCUCUUCGAUCUCACUCCAGUCUCCAAGCUUGAUACAAGCUUCUCUUCGUCUCUUCGAGGCUUCGACCUCUGUCACCAAUACACAAUUUCCGGGUGUAACGACCGAGAUGGUCGGAUGGCCGUGAGCUCAGCACCUCGCCGAGCGUUCCUCGCGGCCAUGUUCCUCGGCUUCCUCCUCGGAGCUGCUACAUGCAGCCGCACCACGACGACGCUCUCCUCCUUCCAGAACUUAGCGGAGGACAAGUCGCGGCUGGGGUCGACGCCGCCGAGCUGCCACAACCGGUGCAACGCCUGCAACCCCUGCAAGCCUGUCCAGGUGACCACGCUCCAUGGCGGCGCAGCCCGCCUUGACAUCCAGAAAGCCGCCGCCGAUGCGCAGUACUCCAACUACAAGCCGCUCGGGUGGAAAUGCCGCUGCGCCGGCCGCCUCUACAACCCCUAGACCAAAUAGAUCGUUGCUUACAUUUCUAGGCGGCGGCCUCUCUCUGGAGAACGUCGCGCUGCUAUAUUUUGCUAGCUCCCGGCCAGUUGAGAUGUCUUAAAUUUUGGUUAGUACAUUUGCUCACAUUCCGAUUCUAUCACCUCGUACGUAGCUUAGCUUCCAUCUCCAGCGUUUUACGGAGUAAUUAGUUAGCAGCAUGCAACUCAUAGCUUCCUUCUUUUGCCAUGCGGAUUCCAAAACAUUUUACACAUGUAAAAUUGAUUGGGAUCUACUAGCGGUAAAUCGUGCAGAUCAGUAGUAGUAGAUGUAAUAAUAACAGUACUACUAGUGCUGUGGUCAUGGCAGGCGAAAGGCAAACCUGUAUGGGUCGCA